UCUUAACCACACAGCACCAUGGAUAAGUGUGGACGGCCUGGAUUCAGACCCCAUCUUUGCCCUUGGCCAGAGUACCUGGCUUUGCUGUGACUGCUUGCCCGUCUACAACAUGGGGGAGUGUCCAUCAGAGAGCUUCACCUCCUUGAGGAUUAAAGCCUAACAGUACUGAGCUAUUCGCCUGUCAAAAUGUCUGCAAAAUUAGGAAAGUCAUCAUCGCUCCUAACACAAACUUCAGAGGAGUGUAAUGGGAUUCUGACAGAGAAGAUGGAAGAGGAAGAGCAGACCUGUGAUCCAGACUGUAGCCUCCACUGGAGCAGCAGCUACAGCCCAGAGACCUUCCGCCAGCAGUUCAGGCAGUUUGGCUACCAGGAUUCACCUGGGCUCCAGGAGGCUCUGAGCCAGCUCCAGGAACUUUGUCAUCUCUGGCUGAGGCCGGAGGUGCACACCAAGGAGCAGAUCCUGGAGCUGCUGGUGCUGGAGCAGUUCCUGGCCAUCCUCCCAAAUGAGCUUCAGGCCUCGGUGCAGAAGCAUCAUCUAGAGAAUGGAGAGGAAACUGUGACUAUGCUGGAGGAUGUGGAGAGAGAGUUUGAUGGACCAGAGCAGAUCUUUUUUGGACGAAGGAAGGACAUGAUUGCAGAGAAGCUAGCACCUUCAGAAAUCACUGAGGAAUUGCCAAGUAGCCAGCUCAUGCCCGUGAAGAAGCAGCCCCAGGGAGCAUCAUGGGAGCUUCAGUCCUUAAGACCACAUGAUGAAGACAUCAAAACUACAAAUGUGAAAUCUGCUUCAAGGCAAAAGACUUCUUUAGGCAUAGAACUGCAUUGCCAUGUUUCCAACAUCUUUCAUAUGAAUGCCUCCCAGAGUUCCACAUAUAGAGGAACCUAUGAACAAGAUGGUAGGUUUGAAAGGAGACAAGGAAACCCUUCUGGAAAAAAACAACACAAAUGUGAUGAAUGUGGCAAAAUCUUUAGUCAGAGCUUAGCCCUUAUUUUACAUCAGAGAAUCCACAGUGGAGAGAAACCUUAUGCAUGUGAUGAGUGUGCAAAGGCAUUCAGCUGAAGUGCGAUUCUGAUUCAGCAUCGACAAACCCAUACUGAUUCAAAAUAUGAACAUAUGAUUGCAGAGGCCCAAAAGAAUAUGUACUUCAAGACUAGGCUGAAGUGUCCCAGGUCACUUUCAGGAGGCAGAUAAAUAAAGGGCCUUAAUCUCUUAUGAAAGCACACAAGAGCCUCCAUACUAUUGAUAUCAAGUUAAUUUCCCAUGUUGGAAAAAAAUAAUCUCCUUUGCAAUGUAAUUUGGAAAUAAGUCAAUGGAAACAUGAAAAUGACUGCCUGUCUACAAGGAGUCGGCUAAACAUGAAGGUUUUCAUAACAAUAUUAUUCUAUGGGUGCUUCUGUAAGGUGGAUGAUCAUCUUAAUAUAAAGAAAAAAGGGAGAUGAACAAAAUUGUCAAACACGACUGAUAUACCACAAGUGUUGACAAGUACAGUGUGUGACGGAGAAAUGUACCACAGCUUAACUGGAAAAGGAACCCCUUAACUGCUGAUGACAAUGCUUCAAUGUCCCCUUUUCUGGCAUAAAUCAGCUAUGAAUAUGUUUCAAGCAUCACAAGACAACCUUUUCAGAGUCUUCUAUAUUCUUAGUAAGAUGAGUUUCUAGACAUGCUGUCAUGAAACGAGACCCUGGAUUUUGAUGCUCUUGUACAUAUGGACAAAUCUCUGAAGUUCAGUUUAAAGGGUCCACUGCAGUCCCUUAUAAACAAUUGUUGAACCUAACCAUUAUAGUUUAUAAGUUUUAAGACAUUUAUGGGAUAUCUUAUUUGGCUUAUCUAUGGGAUAUGAGUAGCUAUGUUUUACCUGUAUUUGAUUCAGCCAGAUUCCCUGUUUAAAAAUAUAAUUACUGAAUCGUACAUUAUUAAAAUUAUUCUGACAGUAUACAAACAACAUAAUUAUCUAUUUCCCAGAGAUUCUUGAUAAACCUCUGUAUUGUUACUACAAUAAUACAUGUAUUGUGUUUUCCAUGGUGCUGCAGUUACCCAAUAUGGAGGCAAACAUCAGAAAUCAAAGUCCUUGGAAUAAGGGAAGAGACUCAUAGUAAACUUCUUUGUCUGGUUGGGUUCCUCAUAAAGUGUAAAACAUUUCAUUCUCAGAAAAUCCAACCAUAUCUCAGAGUAUCUCCAGAAAUUGGCUUAGAGGAGCUCCAAACAUUUGGAAUUACCACACUCUGCUUAGUUAGUAUGCUGAUAAAUGUAAGAUUAGUAGGAGGAGAAGUGAAUGUAAAUUUUAUUAUAGAAUUUUCUGAUAGCGAUUAUGAUUUGUAGCUCUAGUGAAUAUGAAUUUUAUAUUGAGUUGUGUGUACUUUGAGUCACUAAAAAUGUAGGAUACUUUUUAUUUGGGGCUCAUUGUCUUUGUAAUUACGGAGAGGAACAAACCAUCUAUUGAAACAAGUGCCUCAGAGAUGUAUAUAUUGUGAAUUACUGCUUAAUUAUGGAAAGAGUUUCUUAGGUUCUAUGUGAAUAAGAUGGCAGAAUCUAAAUCAAGUAUUUUGAAGGAAGCACCCAUCUUCACUUGGUGCUGCCGUCAACUUUGUAAGGUUGCAUUCUCUUUAUUGUGAAUAAUUUGAAUGUCUCCACCAGAAAGUGGUGUCAAUCAUAUCAUCUAAGUAUAUGAUGAAUCUUUAAAGGGUGUUUCUGUGUACUUUGAAUUAUUUCGCAGUUAUAUAGGUAUCCUAAUGAGUGAAUGGUACUAGUUUAUAUAGAAGGAGAAUUAGUUGAGCUAACCUUGGUUUUAAAAAUCAGCAUUUUAUUAGUACCCCCAUUAUAUUGAUUAAUUUUCAGGGAUAGUAAAUAUUCCAAAAUGAAAUUGGUAUUCUUUUAUGGCUUUCACUUCAUCUGGGCCUUCAAGAUUACCAAUAAUCCUAUAUGGUUUGUUUGUUUUUGUUUACCACUCCCAUUCUCUUCAGAGACCAAGUCAAAUGUUCAUCACUGUCCUUACAACAGUGGCUUAACACAGCAAGCCUUUCUGUGUUAGGAAUGCUUCUGGAUGCAAAAUCCAUCUUUGGUGGUUUAAACAAAUAGGAAUUUUCAACCUGAAAUCUGGAAGGUGGGUUGCUGGCUCUCAAUCUGCAGCUGGAAUGACGACUGGUCUAGCUUUACCUCAUGCUAUUUUGUCCGAUUUUCGAGAGAGCUGUCACAGCUCUAGGAACUGGAAUUAAGUCAGGAAGAAAGGAGAAAGACAGCCAUGCUAAGCAAAAAGGUUUCCAAAAACCUAGCAAAAUCUGGCUUAUGUUUCCUUGUUGCAAGUGUGUCUGGUAGGGCAAGUGUUUUCAGCCUCUAGAGGGAAAGCAGGCCAGAUGGGGGUUGAGGACGACAUUGAGUUAGCCAACCGUGUUUGCCAUACUAAUCCUUUGCCACCUUCCUCCUUACUGGCAGACAACUAUGUUUUGCUUCCUGCAUUAAAGGAAAAAAAGAUAAGAACUCUUACAAGUUCCUGUGACUAAAUUUGCCAAAUUAUUUAUACUUUACCCAUCAUUUCCUCUCCCUCUUGUGAGAAUGAGAGAGGGGUCUCUCCCCUCUGAGCCUCAGCAUUCUCACCUCUGAAAGGCCUUGGCUGCCAGUCAUUCUUCCUCUCUUCUAUUACUUUACUCUCUGCCUUCCUUCUGCUUCCAUCCCUUCAAUACUUAAAUAUACUGUUGUGACCCUGCCUCCUACCCUAUAUUUUUCCAGCUUACACUGGCAAAAUUCAAGAUGGUGGCUAGUCCCUGAGUGAGGGGAAUUAUGUGGCCCUUAACUUUGCCCUCUUCAUAUGCAUUCAUCUCUCAACCAGAGUAAUCUUGCUAAGGCACACAUUUUAUCAUGCCCUUUCCCUGUCUAAGACAUAGGCUUUCCCUUGUUUUAGGAUAAAGUCAGAACUGCCAAACAAGAUUGUUAAGGCUCUUUGUGAUCUGACCACAGCUUACCACUUCAGCUUCAGCUCUUGCCAUUGCCUCUAUGCUUCAGCCAUUUUGAAUUAUCAGAAGUCCUCCAGCCUUUGGACCUUUCCAUGUACUCCUUUUGAACUCCUAUCUAGCUUUCACAUGUUACCUAAUUCCUGUGUGUUCUUCAUGUUUUAGUUUAGGUACCACUUGUUCCCUAACACCCAAAGAGUAGGUCGGGGAGCACCACCACACUCUUAUGUUAAUUGCAUAUCAGUCUGUUCUUAUCCUUACCAUUACAUUUAUCUCAUGAAAUAAAAUAUUUUUAAAGUAUUAAAUUGCAAAUAUGGCCGCAAGGAAGAGGAGAAUAAAUGACACCUUGGGAUGGAAAAAGUUAUGGAGUAGCAAAAAGUAAAAUUUUUAAGGCUCUCUUAGUCCUGGGAAGAGUGAGUGAGACAAUGAGAGGGUCAGGCACAGGGUGUCCUUUCACCUCUGUUGCCCAACCCCUGCAGAAUUUUGGAGGGGGUUAGGAGAGAAUCAAGGGGAGAGGGCUGUGUCCCCUUGCCAUUGAGUGCAUUGGGAGGAAAAUUGUUGAACAGACUGCUGGUGCUCCAACACUGAACUCUCAUAAAAACGGCAAUUCAGUGUUAGGUAAAUGGCCUCUAUCAGCUAGUAUGUGGCUCGAAAGAGAGAUGGCAGUUCUCUGUGCCCAGUGAGAACCUUGGAAAAUAGCUGACUAUAGAGCUGGAAAGUUGGGAUAGUUGAGCAAGUAACCUUGUGGAUCCUGUAGCUAAGAGCUGCAGGGCCCACCAGACCUUACUGGGGACCUAUAGCUCUUCCUAGGAACAAAGUGGAGGCAAAUCACCAAGGAAGAGACACUGGCCCCCAGCCCAACCAAAAAAAACAAAUGAUUUGUUGCCACAGGUUUGGUGAGCAAGCACCACAGAAGACCAGCUGCCCAGAAUAGAAACCAGAGAAGAUCAGAACAGCAAGACUACCUAACACCUAAUCCAUAGCACCACCUCAUCACAGGGAAUGUAUGCCCCCCUCACCUUCCCAAGCAGGUGGCAGAAAAGGGCAGAGUGAGAAAUAGCCAUGAGAGGGAGUUGAACUUAAAAUGGACUGAAUAAUUCAAUUUAAUAAUAACUAAAUAUAACAAUUUAAUUCAGCUCUUUCACCACCCACCCACCCACCCAAUGGGGCAGGGAUUCAAGAAAAAAAGAUGAUCAGUUAUAAAAAAUAAACUACAUUUUCCUUUGCUUAUUUGAGAAGCAAUGUGAUAACUUUUUGCCCUGCUAACUGGAGAUUAUAUCUAUUUCUGUAUUGACUCCACUAUUUCAUGCUGCCUGACAGCAUAAGCUGCCUCAUUUACCAUUGUUUCCCAAGCAUCUGGCACAGUACGUGGCCCAUAAUAGGCACCCAAAUACUUGUGGAACAAAAAUAUUUGAAAAUUAUAUAUCUGAUAAGGGAUUACUAUCUAGAAUAUAUAAAGAACCCCUCCAACUCAACAACAACAGAAAUUUCAAAAAUGGGCAAAGGUCAUGAAUAGACACUUCUCCAAAGAGGAUACAUAAAUGGCCAAUAAGCACAUGAAAAGAUGGCCAACAUCACUAAUCAUUAGGGAAAUGCAAAUCAAAAGCACAUCGAGAUACCAUGUCACAACCAUUAGGAUGGUUAUUAUUUUAAAAAGAAUAGGUAUUGGAAAAGAUGAGGAGAAAUUGGAACCUUUGUGCAUUGCCAUUAGGAAUGUAAAAUGGUGUAGCUGCUAAGGAAAACAGUUUGGUGGUUCCUCAAAAAGUUAAACAAAAUUCCCAUAUGAUCCAGUAAUUCCACUUCUAUGUAUAUACUCAAAAGAUCUGAAAGCAGAGACUCAAACAGGUAUCUGUAUACCAAUGUUCAUAGCAGCAUUAUUUGAAAUAACCAAAAGGUGGAAACUACACAAAUGACCAUCUACAUAUGAAUGAAUAAACAAAAUUUGGUAUAGACAUACAACAGAGUCUUAUUCAGCCAUAAAAACAGAUGAAAUUCUGAUACAUGCUACAAGGAUGAACCUUAAAAACACUAUGCUAAGUGAAAUAAGCCAGACAAGAAAGGACAAAUACGAUUCUGCUUAUUUGAGGUAACUAGAAUAGGCAAAUUCAUAAAGACGUAAAGUCAAAAAAAUGAUUACCAGGGGCUAGAGGAAAGGGGGAAUGGAAGUUAUUGUGGAUACACGGUUUCUGUUUAAGAUGAUGAAAAAGUUCUGGAAAUGUAGAGUGAUGAUUGUUGAAUAACAUUACGAAUGUUCUUAACACCACUGAAUUGUACACUUAAAAACGGUUAAAAUGAUAAAUUUUUGUUAUGUAUAUCUUAUCACAAUGAAAAACAAAAGCAUUGGAAGAAACAAAAAUGAAGCUGCUUUUUUAUAAUCCCUGCCAUAAUAAAGCUUAUAUUCUAGCAAAGAAAAAAAAUCCUGUGGAAUGAAUGUUAUUCAAAAGCAAAGAAUCUGAAAGAUAAAAUCCAGAUGUCCUUGGUGAAAGGACUGACUGACUGUAAGCUCAAAUAAUGUUCCCUUUGCCACUAAACAUUGAGGACAGGGGAUGAUGAGAUUACCCAAGGAGCCCUGGAAGAAUGUUCAAAUGGACCAUAUAGGCCGCAAAUCCUGAAUGGCUAGGAAAUAAUAUAAAAAUUGAUUGUAAUUUCUUAGAUUCAAAAUUAUUUUCUUGUAUAAAGCUAUAUGUUUAAUUACUUUGCUGAUUACUGAGAUUUUGCUCAAUGGAUGUACCUUAUUGUCUGGGUGUAUUAAUCUUAGUUGUCUUUGAAUCUAAAUGGUUUGUCUUCAACUGAAGGGUCAUUUUUAUUCAAAGGUGACAAUGACAUUGAGAGACAGCUUACAUAAGGUGUGGAACUCUAGUGUCAUAGUUAAUGAUCAACCACAUAGACAUUUGGUAUCUUUUCCUAUAUAGCUUUGGGGGCUCCAGUCUAUCCAUCUUAGAAGUAGUUGUCAGGAUUCUAGGUAGAAUAUCUCCAGUUGGACAUGUUAAUGUGCUGCAUCAGAACUGGAUCAGCCUAUUAAACUUUUUUUAUUUUUUGGCUAUUACCAGUCUUGUCACCUAGGUGGUUUUACAGUUUGACUUCUUAAUACUUUUUCUACCCCAAAUGAUUAGUCCAAGCCAAUCUUGAUCAUCCAAUUCCACCUGUGGGCCAGGCAUGGUGGUUCACACCUGUAAUCCUAGCACUUUGGGAGGCUGAGGCCAGAAGAUUGCUUAAGCUCAGGAGUUCAAGACCAGCUGGGCAACAAAGCAAGACCCCAUCUUUUUAAAAAGAAAAAAAAAUUCAAAAACAAUUCUACCUGCCUGCUUUUGGUUUAGGAAUGAGUAUUUCACCCAAUCCAGGCCAAUGAGACAUCAGGAGAAGCCUGCCCCCUGACUUCUGGGAAAAGCUUGCUUUCUUCUUAAAAAAAAAAAAAAAAAAAAAAAGAGACAUACAGAUGAUGUCAUCCUAUUCCCACGUUACUGUGACUGGUUAUGAUGCUAGGAAAUGCUGCAUCAGCUGGAAGAUGAAGCUGACACAUGUGGAGGAAAGAGCUAUGAAAACUGCAGGAUUUUAAGCAGAUAAAUGUGAAGGGAAAAAAUAGAAAACUACAGGAAAGCAAGACUGAAGCCCUGAUGUACGAUUCCUUUAAAUAGCUAUAUUACAAGAGAAUAUUUAAAAUCAAUUAUCUAAUCAUCCACCUUAAUAAACUAGGGGGGAAAAAAACCAAAAAGCAACUUAAACCAAGUAAGUAGGAGGGGGCGUAGAAUGACAAAAACAAGAACAGAGGCUCCGACUCCAGGGAAGAUAGAGUAAGCACACUCUCGGAGCCCAAGCUAAGCCAUCAAAUCCCCUGUGACCUGCACGUACACAUCCAGAUGGCCGGUUCAUGCCUUAACUGAUGACAUUCCACCACAAAAGAAGUGAAAAUGGCCUGUUCCUGCCUUAACUGAUGACAUUAUCUUGUGAAAUUCCUUCUCCUGGC